CUAAGCGUUACUGUGGAUAUACAGCUGGUUAUUCUCUUACUGUUCUAACGAGGCCAAACUGAAGUUAUGAGGAAAACUAUUAGUUUGGAAAAAUACGCUAUAACAGCUGUCGCUUUUUUAUCCGAAUUCUUACGUAUCAAAUAGAUUUUGUUCGGGUGUAAAACAAUUUCGCCGACAAUUUUAUCCGUCAUACUCCAGGUCCGUUAUUCCGUACUCUGCGCGAGAUAUCCGAAAAUAAUAAUCCGAGUUUGAAGAACCUAUAUGCAGCAACCAAUGAUUUCAAUCAUUUUUAGCUCGGCGUUUUCGGAGAAAACCCGAGGUAUUGUCAUAGCCAGCUCGUCGUCUGACGUCCGCCGUCUGACGUCCGCCGUCCGCGUCGUGCUAAAACCUUAACAUUGGCUCUAAAAUCAAAGUGCUUCCACCUACAACUUUGAAACUUCAUAUGUAGAUGCACCUUGAUGAGUUCUACACGCCACACCCAUUUUGGGGUCACUUUGUCAAAGGUCAAGGUCACUGUGACCUCUAAAAAAAUAAUUCUGACAAGCUUUCAUUUAUUCAAAACUGCACCGUAGCCGAGCGUGGCACCCGUUAUGCGAUGCUCUUGUUCAAUGAGUUAUUGCCCUUCGAUAUAAGUAUUUCAUUUUAAUACCCUCCUGAAAUGAGAGGCAUUAAGUAUUGCACAUGUCAGUAAGUCUCGUAGACAGAUGACCCGAUUUACUUUUUAACUGUAGUACCCUUAAAGUGUGGAUAAAUUAAUAUUAUCUAUUUGUAUUUGUAAAUUAAUAUUGAUUGGCUACAACGAUUUUCCAGGGAAUUGUUGCCCUUUGAGUUAUAAAUGUCUCGAGUAUAUAGUCAGGUCCCUCCGAUCAUUUGAUCUUUGGGGGAGAUAUUGCCCAUUUCUUUUUCCCAUGCGUACAAUACACCCAUUCAUUGACAAGCGCAUGGUUAUAUUUAAUUUCGAAUAACAGCAACCGCAUUUGUACAGCUGGUUUAGCCUAUUGAAUUGCUUGUAUAUCACCGGUAUUGAACAUAAAUACUUUGAAUAGAACACAUCCUUGUAGCAAAGUUGACUCAUAUGGGUUCGCCCUUACGUUCGCAAUUUUACCUUAUUACAGGAAUAAUGUCACCAAUUUAACAGCCAUACCAAGCGCUAUUUCGCUAGUCGAAGGUUUGGUUUGUUUAGGCGAAACCUGUAUUUAGUUCUUCAUAAUUGGGAUAGAAGCACGUAGUAAAAGAACUACUGGGUAUUCAGCGUAAAUAUCGAAUAAUUGUGUUAAAAUUAUUAUGACUGAAGAACACAAUCCAUGUGUUACGAGUUUUUAGAUUCAUUAUUUGAUCAUCAAAUAAAGGCUUCCACUUUUAUUAACUUACUCCGAAAAUAUUUAUUUUUCCUCCUGUAAAUAUUUGGACAUAUCCUGGAAAAAAUACGUGGUUUAUUAAUUUUGAUGUGACUGUACCCUUUUUAAAACACAUGUAUUAAGGAUAGUGGACUAUACGAGUAACCUUUAUACAUGCAUUAUAACAUUGAAAUGGUUAACAGGCUUAUAUUAACAAUGUUUCUACUAUGUGUAUGAACCGCAAAGAUGAUCUAAACGCAGAGAAAUCGUUAUUGUCCAUCCGUAUCGUGGAGACCCACGCAUGAGCGAUUAUGAUUUCCGGCUUGUUUACUACGACGAUGAAUUGAUAGCUGAAUUGGGGUAGUUUCACGUAAUUCGUGGUUUCGUCAAUGCAUGGAAUUAGUUUUCUGAAGAGAACCAACAAUCAUAUGUAUAAAGAAUAGCUUGUCCGUCACACAGUUUGGACUGUUCACUAUCAAUACAAUGACAACGUGCCCUACAUUUACCACUGUGACCACGGAAACCCAGUUUAUCACCGUUGACAACGUCGCGCAGCUGAUUCCCUCCACGGAUGAGCGCAAAGUCGGCACGACAGUCACGGUCACGUGCUCCAGCGGUCUUGCGCUACAGGGACCCAGCACCUUUCAAUGCCUGAACGGCGGCAAAUGGUCGUAUGAGACAAAACCUGAAUGCGUCGUGGCCGGCGCUACGACUCCGGCCCCGCCUGCCGACAACACCAGUAAGAUAGUAAUCGGCGUGGUGGCAGGCCUGGGCGGUGUUAUCACCCUCGCUCUCAUCAUCAUGAUCAUCUUUAUCUACCGAAAGGAUCGCCAGAGGCGGGCAGAAAAGAGAGAUCUUCUCAACAAUUUCGACAAAACUCUGCGACGUGAUUACAGCCCUUCCGGACCUUCCACAAUUGAAAUGAGCGAGAGUCAUCCUUACAGAGACGACUAUAAGAGGGGCGACCCAAACAGGGCGGGUAAGCAGUUUGGUCGGCCCGUCUACUUACCGCCCUUAUCUCGGGGCGAGGGGGCGCGAUACCCGGACGACUACCCCCCGUCCUACUCUCAGGGCGCCGGAGCGCGACACCAGGACGACCACCACCGAGCCGACUACCCCCCGGUCGACUACGACAGGCGGCCAGUUGACUGGAGAAAGGCCGUCCUCGAAGAUCGUGACUUGCCGCGCAGACAGGACGGUUAUACAGGUCGUUGGAUAUCAAGGCAUUCUAACAGAGACCCCGAGGAGCAUUUAGAAGCGCAUAUACAUGGUGGAUAUAACCCCCCAAGAGAUCCUUUCCUAUGGAGAAAUGCGCCCCAAUAUUGAGACAUGUGGCUCAGGACAGCGAUGAGCCUGCGUGGACAUCAGAAACAUGUUUUAUGAAGUACGAUGGGGAAGAAAAUCGUCGACGUUUCCAAUAUCUACAAACACAUUUAUGGAACGUUCAUGCAGCAAACAAAAUAUUUAUUCAUUGUAAAUUAAAGGGGCCUUUUCAUAGAUGUUGGCAUGUAUUUAAGUUUGUAAUUAAAUGCUUUUUAAUGAUAAAUAUAAACAUUGGAUAAAAAAGCUCCAGUUAAAAAGAACAAGAAUACAAUAAAAUAAAGAAAAAAAAGUAACCCUCAGCUGGGCUCGAAUCACUGACCCCUGGAGCCCA